GCAGCAGCAGGAGGCGGCAGCAGGAGGCGGCAGCAGGAGGAGGCGGCAGUUCGGUGAUUCCUCCGCAGUGUCCGUUCUCCGAGCUCCGGGAUGUCGGCCGUGAAAGCGCUGCAGCAGUGGUGCCGGAUCCGGUGUGAGGGAUACCGGGACGUUUCCAUCACCAACAUGACCACGUCGUUCAGGGACGGACUGGCGUUCUGCGCCCUCAUCCACAGACACAGACCCGAUCUCAUUAAUUUUGAUUCGCUGAAGAAAGAAAACGUCUACGACAACAACAAACUGGCGUUCGGAGUUGCGGAGGCGGAGCUGGGAAUUCCCGCUCUGCUGGACGCCGAAGACAUGGUCGCCAUGAAGGUUCCCGACCGCCUGAGUAUCCUGACCUACGUCUCGCAGUACUACAACUACUUCCACGGACGAAACCCGAUCGGUGGUAUGGGGGGCAUAAAGCGUCCUGCAGAGGCCGCCACUGACGAACCAUCUGGGAAGAAGAACCAGGCGGUGACCGCCAAGGUGUUCCCCCCGACUAAACCUGCCCGAGAGAACAGCCCCCCCCGGGCCGCCAACGUCACACGCCCCUCAUCUUCUCCAAAACAAGUUAGAAGUUUCCCCAAGGAUCCUGCCCCCCCUGACAGACAACAUCAGACGGGCACACUGAGUAACAAAUGUGUUUCCUGUGACAAGCACGUUCACCUAGUGCAGCGACAUCUUGUGGACGGAAAGCUGUAUCACAGGAACUGUGCAAAGUCUCUGUCACCUCCAGCCUCCAGUACAGCCUUCAGGAAUUUACCCACAAACACUCAUUUUCCCAAACCCACCCCUCCACCAGACUCUACCAAAACCACCACCACCUCCACCUUCACCUCCACCUCCACCUCCGUCCAGGCUCCACCCAGACUGGGACCAACAUGGAGGAAGGAGAACCCCAGCGCUCCGUCAUCGUGGUCCAACACAGCUUCCUCUUCGUCUUCUCCUCCACUUCCUGCUUCAGGUCCAUCGUUCCCUGGUAAAGAGAGUCGGACGCCACCCGUCUCCAAACCCCCACCCUCAAGAACCACGUGUGAAACCACCUCCACCACCAUCAACAGCAGGCCAACCCCGACCCCCCGUGUCUCCACCCCGGCCUCCAACAUCUCCACCCCGGCCAACCGUGUCUCUCCGGCCCCCCACAUGUCCACCCCGGCCCCCCGUGUCUCCACCCCGGCCUCCAACAUCUCCACCCCGGCCAACCGUGUCUCUCCGGCCCCCCACAUGUCCACCCCGGCCCCCCGUGUCUCUCCGGCCCCCAACAUGUCCACCCCGGCCCCCCGUGUCUCUCCGGCCCCCAACAUGUCCACCCCGGCCCCCCGUGUCUCCACUCCGGCCUCCAACAUCUCCACCCCGGCCAACCGUGUCUCUCCGGCCCCCCACAUGUCCACCCCGGCCCCCCGUGUCUCCACCCCGGCCUCCAACAUCUCCACCCCGGCCAACCGUGUCUCUCCGGCCCCCCACAUGUCCACCCCGGCCCCCCGUGUCUCUCCGGCCCCCCACAUGUCCACCCCGGCCCCCCGUGUCUCUCCGGCCCCCCACAUGUCCACCCCGGCCCCCCGUGUCUCCACCCCGGCCUCCAACAUCUCCACCCCGGCCCCCCGUGUCUCCACCCCGGCCUCCAACAUCUCCACCCCGGCCCCCCGUGUCUCUCCGGCCCCCAACAUGUCCACCCCGGCCCCCCGUGUCUCCCCCCCGUCCCCCCCCCUCUCCACCGCAGCAGCCAAGACGGUGCAGUCCAAGAUGAAGUUCUUUGAUUUGGACAACAGCUCAGAAACAGAGACGAAGACGACGACGUCGGCUGUUAACGUGGACAUGAAGACGGGGAGACAGACGAGGGGCGGGGUCCAGGAGGUGGCAGCAGGACAGACCGUGUCUGUGGUUGUAAAUGUCGGUGGUGCGGGAAAAAGGGACUUAAGUCCGAAACCGUUCAAAGGUGCAGACGGAGCCAGGGCAGCGGGGGCAGCUGAGAAGGGUGUGGGUUUGAAACCGGGAGACGCUGAGACCAAAGCAGCUGCAGCCGCGUUCAUCUCCAAGAAGCUGUUUGAGGAGAAGAGCGAAGAGAAGAACAACAACAAGCCGUCCUGGACGACUGUAGCUCUGAAGAAAGUUGACAAGCCGCCUCAGGUGGAGACUCCCAAGAACGAGGCAGCUGCGGUCAGAGGGGGAGGGGGAGGAGGAGGAGGAGGGAGGGGGAGGGGGAAGCUGAGGGCUGACCCUUCACUCCUGGCUGAUCUGAAGUCACUGGACACCAAGACGCCCGACUCUGCCUCGGCUCCCGCCUCUUCUCCAUCGCCUGCUACAACCUCAGCUGCUAGAAAGAGUCCAGCACCGAGUCCUGUUCCGAGUCCAGCAAGUCGAAGCAAAUUGAGAGCCAGGACUCCAGAGAGAGGAAGUCCAAAUCCUGGCCGAGCGUCACCCAACGCCUCAGCCUCAGAGAACGAGUCUCCUGCAGACUGGAGGUCCAGGCUCAAACCGGUCGCCAAAGAUACAAAACCACAGACCAACAAGUCCACAGAGACCCCAGUCGGGCCCCCGCCCCCCAGGGUUUCUACACCCAUCAUUUCUGUCACUCCACCUUCACAGAAAGGAUUACAGAACGGUGCAGGAGCUCAGACCACGGGAACCAAGACCGGGUCCAAGACUGUGAAGGUGAAGCCCGACCACAUCCCCACGGAGGAAAUCCUCCAAGAACUUCAGGACAUCGAAGAUCGUUUGAACGAUCUGGAGAAGACGGGAGUGGAGCUGGAGAUGAAGCUGCGUCAGAGUGAGGAAGAGGGUGAAGACGAGGCGGUCAUGGACGAGCUCAUGGUCGACUGGUUCAACUUGAUCAGGAACAAGCAGGUGGCCAUUCGCCGGGAGUCCGAACUGGUUUACAUAGGGAAAACUCAGGAACUGGAGGAGCAGCAGCCGAGUGUGGAGCAGGAGAUCAGGAGACUGAUGGAGAAACCAGGGAAAACUCAGGAACUGGAGGGGCAGCAGCCGGGGGGGGAAACACUGUGGGACAGAGAACGGGAGCAGCAGCUGAUGGAAAAACUGGUGGGAAUCGUCAACGACAGAAACGCCAUCGUGGAGGGUCUGGACGAGGACAGAAUCAGGGAGGAAGAGGAGGACGAGGAGUUCAACAAGAUGAUGAUGACGACGUUCAAUGUAAAGAAGGACAAACCAAAGAAAAAGUCUCUGUUUCCCUGGAGAAACAAGAAAGAAGGAUGACGACGAUGACGACGACGAUGACGACGAUGACGACGAUGACGACGACGACGUCGCUGCUGCUGGAAACGCCUCAGAAAGGUUCUGUUUUUAACCUUCUCUGGUUCUGUUGGAGUUUCAGCCCAGAGUUCUGUCAGUCACAGAUCAAAGAUAAACAUUUAGUCUUACUUUGUUUUAACGGGGAUUUUAGAAACUGUUACUAUAGAAACCAAACAUACAGCUUUAUUUUUUUUUAAGUUAUCAAAACUAUGACUUUUACAUAUUCAUUAAUUUUUAACCUUCAUCAUGCAGUGACAGGAACUAAAGACGCCACUUGUUUCAGUGUUUAACGCAGUGGUCAACAGUUUCUAAAGAUCAAAUCUCAUUCAUCACACUGAACCACAUCAGACGUGUGUUUACUACUAUAUUAAGAUAUUUUUAAAAAAAAGUUUUUAAACGUGUUCAAAUCAUCUGCAGUCGUUGUUGACAUCAACCUUUAUUUUUUUAACAAUCACUUUUUAUGGGCAUUUUAUAAUGAUCGCUGCCUCGUCAUGUGUGUGUGUGUGUGUGAGAACUGGUCCAUAUUGGACUUUUAUAAAAUUCAUAUUUCAUCAGGGUUUGUAUUUUUCACCUGUCUGCGUCUGUUAAAAAGCACUAAUGUGAUUUGUUUUUCUUUAUAAUCUUAGUUUUAUUGGUCAGAUGUCAACGUUGUUUAAAGUUAAUUCUCACUAAAGUCUUAUUUUAAAAAUGUGGUAUUAAUCUUUGCGCUACAAUAAAUUUGACAGUAUUCUAUAAAAACACAGCAUUAGUUUCUUUAUUCUUAAUUUUUUUAUAUUUUAACAAUUGAUUUUCUAAGCUCUUAUUAAGUGAUUAAACCAAAGUUUUUUGGGUGAGAAAUGAUCAAAUAUUUUAUAUUAUAUAAAACAAUAAAUUUAUAUUUGUAGCAUACAAUUAAAAUGCAUUUUAUAAUUUCUAAAAACGACAUUGAUGAAAAAGUAUCUAGAAAAGAUGUCGUUUCUGUACCACCAGAUGGCAGCAUUUGCUGUGUUUUGUCACUGACAGCUUUAGCUCCGUAGUCAUUCACGGAGGGAAGAACCGCGGCCUGUGACGGACUCCGGGUUAAUGAGACACGCGGUUAAAUGUAACGUUAGUCUUUUAGUAAAAAA